GUGCGUGCGUGCGGCCCGAGCGCUUGGGGGAGACUGGUGGCGGACGUGCGCUCGGGACCGCGUCGGUGGCUGUGGAGGGAAGCGAGCCGUGUGGAGGGUAAAGGCUGGUAGGUAGUAAGUAGCCAGCAUGGAGACCAAGGAUCAAAAGAAACACAGAAAGAAACAUAGUGGGCCUAAAGCUGAGAAGAAAAAGAAACGGCAUCUGCAGGAUCUUCAACUUGGAGAUGAAGAAGAUGCCCGGAAGAGAAACCCCAAAGCUUUUGCAGUUCAGUCUGCUGUGCGGAUGGCUCGAUCCUUUCACAGGACUCAAGAUUUAAAGACAAAGAAGCAUCACAUUCCAGUAGUGGAUCGCACACCACUAGAGCCACCACCAAUAGUGGUGGUGGUGAUGGGGCCUCCGAAAGUCGGGAAGAGCACUCUGAUUCAGUGCCUCAUUCGGAAUUUUACCAGGCAGAAGUUGACCGAGAUCAGAGGCCCUGUGACCAUUGUGUCAGGUAAAAAGCGCAGACUCACCAUUAUUGAAUGUGGUUGUGACAUUAAUACAAUGAUUGAUCUGGCUAAAGUAGCAGAUCUGGUUCUGAUGUUGAUAGAUGCCAGCUUUGGGUUUGAGAUGGAAACAUUUGAGUUUCUAAACAUCUGUCAAGUACAUGGCUUUCCUAAAAUUAUGGGAGUUCUUACCCAUCUGGACUCCUUCAAGCAUAAUAAGCAACUGAAGAAGACAAAGAAGCGGUUAAAACAUAGGUUCUGGACCGAAGUCUACCCGGGUGCCAAGCUCUUCUAUCUUUCUGGGAUGGUACAUGGAGAGUAUCAGAACCAAGAGAUUCACAACUUGGGCAGAUUUAUUACAGUUAUGAAGUUCAGACCUCUCACAUGGCAAACAUCUCACCCUUAUAUCCUGGCAGACAGAAUGGAAGAUUUGACAAACCCUGAGGAUAUCCGGACAAACAUCAAGUGUGACCGAAAAGUGUCUAUUUAUGGAUAUUUAAGAGGAGCACACUUGAAAAAUAAAAGCCAAAUUCACAUGCCAGGUGUAGGAGAUUUUGCUGUCAGUGACAUCAGUUUCCUGCCAGACCCCUGUGCUCUUCCAGAGCAGCAGAAGAAGCGCUGUUUAAAUGAAAAGGAGAAGCUGGUUUAUGCACCCCUCUCUGGAGUCGGGGGCGUGCUGUAUGACAAAGAUGCAGUCUACGUCGACCUUGGUGGCAGCCAUGGCUUUCAGGCAUCUGAGGAGACUGGACCCACCCAUGAACUGGUGCAGAGUCUCAUCUCUACCCAUGCCACUAUUGAUGCCAAGAUGGCUUCAAGCAAAGUGACACUCUUUUCUGAUUCCAAACCUCUGGGGUCAGAGGAUAUAGAUAACCAAGGGCUGUGGAUGCCAAAAGAGGAAAAGCAAAUGGACAUGAAAACUGGUCGAGUACGCCGGAAAGCCAUUUUUGGAGAUGAGGACAAUGAGUCUGGAGAGGAAGAGGAUGAAGAAGAAAUGUCUGAAGAUGACAGGAUGGAAAAUGGCUCUAGUGAUGAUGAGACGGCUGAGGAAGAAGAUACUGAAGGAACUGGGGAUAAACAUGAGAGUCAGGGGGUCAAACGGCAGAAAUUGGAGGACCAGGAGGAUAGCGAGGAGGAUUUGCCAGCCUUUGCUGAUAGCGAUGAUGAUCUUGAGAGGAGCUCUGGGGAAGAGGAAGAGGCCGAGGAAGCUGACGAGAGCAGUGCUGAUGAUGGUUCCAUUGCAGGGGAAGAGACAGACACUUUGGAAUUAGAAGAUGGUAAAACAAGACUGCCAGCAGGCCGUCUGAGUGACCAUGGGAACACAGAGAAAUCUUUGCCAGUGAAAAAAGCAGCUCUUACCACUUCUGAUUCUGGCCAUUGCACGGCUGAAGAGGCGUUUCCUUCUGAAGACGAGUCUGGAGAGGGCUCGCUGAGCUCAGAGGAGGAGGACUCAGAAGAUGAAGAGGCUGCUAGGGAAAAGCUUGCAAAGUGCUCUCACGUGGGCAGUGGGAAAACCCUGGGGUCAGAAAGCUUAAAUGACAAGGACAGUGACAUUGAAGACUUACUCAAAGAGGAAGAUCACAAGGAAGAAAACAGCUGUUCCACAGAAACUUCAGGUGCCCUCAGGUGGAAGGAAGACCUUUCUAGGAAGGCAGCAGAGGCCUUCCUAAGGCAGCAGCAAGCAACUCCAAAUCUUCGAAAGCUCAUUUAUGGGACAGUGACAGAGGAUAAUGAAGAAGAAGAUGGAGUCACUGGAGAAGAGCUUGGAGGGUUGUUCCAUGUCAAUCAGCCUGACAGAGAGUGUAAACACAAGGCUGACUCUUUGGACUGUUCCAGAUUUCUUGUUGAGACACCACAUGAUUGGGAUUUAGAGGAGGUUAUGAACAGUAUCCGAGAUUGCUUUGUGACAGGAAAGUGGGAAGAGGAUAAAGAUGCAGCCAAGCUCUUAGCAGAAGAUGAGGAACUUUAUGGUGACUUUGAAGACCUAGAAACUGGGGAAGUGCACAAGGAGAAGCCAGCCUCGGAUACUCAGAUUGAAGAUACGGACGACGAAGUUAAGGGAGAAGCUGAGGAUAAGGAUGAGGAACUCACCAAGAAAAAGCUUUUGAAUAAGAAGAGAAAAUUGAAGGAGCUGUUCGAUGCAGAGUAUGAUGAAGGAGAAAGCACGUAUUUUGACGAUCUGAAAGGAGAAAUGCAGAAACAAGCCCAGCUUAACCGGGCUGAAUUUGAAGAUCAGGAGGAUGAAGCCAGAGUACAGUAUGAAGGCUUUCGACCUGGGAUGUAUGUCCGAAUCGAGAUUGAAAACGUCCCCUGUGAAUUUGUGCUGAACUUUGACCCUCACUACCCAAUUAUUCUGGGUGGUUUGGGCAACAGCGAGGGCAACGUGGGGUACGUGCAGAUGCGUCUGAAGAAGCAUCGCUGGUAUAAGAAAAUCCUCAAAUCCCGAGACCCAAUUAUUUUUUCCGUGGGGUGGAGGAGGUUUCAGACCAUCCCACUCUAUUAUAUUGAAGACCACAAUGGAAGACAGAGGCUUCUAAAAUAUACCCCACAGCACAUGCACUGUGGAGCAACCUUUUGGGGUCCUAUUACCCCACAGGGGACUGGGUUCUUGGCAAUACAGUCUGUCAGUGGUAUAAUGCCUGAGUUUCGUAUAGCUGCCACUGGAGUUGUCCUUGAUCUGGAUAAAUCCAUAAAAAUUGUGAAGAAAUUAAAAUUAACUGGUUUUCCAUAUAAAAUCUUCAAGAAUACUUCAUUUAUUAAGGGAAUGUUUAAUUCUGCCUUGGAGGUGGCCAAAUUCGAAGGUGCUGUGAUUCGAACUGUCAGUGGAAUAAGGGGACAGAUCAAGAAGGCACUCCGGGCUCCAGAGGGAGCUUUCCGGGCCACCUUUGAAGACAAGUUGCUGAUGAGUGAUAUUGUCUUCAUGCGAACUUGGUAUCCCGUCUCCAUUCCAGCCUUCUAUAACCCAGUAACAUCUUUGUUGAAACCAGUGGGUGAGAAAGACACUUGGUCAGGAAUGCGGACAACUGGUCAGCUCAGGCUCACCCAUGGUAUCAAACUAAAGCAAAACAAAGAUUCUUCAUACAAGCCUAUCCUGAGACAAAAGAAGCAUUUCAAUUCACUGCACAUUCCUAAAGCCUUACAAAAGGCUCUGCCAUUUAAGAACAAGCCCAAGACCCAAGCAAAGGCUGGCAAGGUGCCGAAGGACAGGCAGAGGCCGGCCGUCAUACGGGAACCUCAUGAGAGGAAGAUCCGGGCGCUCUUGGACUCUCUGAGCACCGUGUAUAAGCAGAAGAUGCGGAAAGCCAGGGAGCAGCGGCACCUGCACAACAAGGAGCACGCGCAGGUGAAGCAGAGGGAGGAGGAGGAGAAGCUGCGGCGGCAGAAGGACCUCCGGAAGAAGCUCUUCCGGCUGCAGGGUCAGAAGGAGAGGAGAAGCCAGAAGUCCAGUCUGAAAGGAGCCGGGAACAGUUGAGCUGUGCCUUCGGAACGGAGGGCCAUUCUUAGAGCCGCAGCAGUGGGCGGCUUGAAUCCCUGUAAUGCUUGUGACAAAUCGGGGUGAGAGGCCAAGGAAGACCUCUCCGUUAGAUCCGUCAUCAAGCUAUGUCGUGGGAAGGUCUGUGGAAAAGACUGCUGGUAGGCCAUGUCUCAUUGUCAGCAUCAGUGACGGAGCCUACGGUUACGGGAAUCACCUCACUCCUUUCCCCUUGUGUCUUGUUAUUUUGUACUAUGAAAGUAUUAAAAUAUUUUCCUGUUAA